CAUUUUGAUACAUCGCUUCUCAAAUGCGUGUGGAAGCUCGAAGAAGAGUGACCUGUAUGGAUACUCAAUUUCUGUACCUUCAUCGAAUUUCUCUGGUCGCACUUGGGGUGUGGCCUUAUCAUCGGACAAUGUUUGUUCAACUUCACGCUUGUGUGUUUUGUCUUACUAUGAUUAGCUUUCUUAUAUUUCAGCUUACACCAUUUCUAACUACAGAAUGUACUAUUGAGUGUAUAAUUGAAAUUCUUUCUACAUCACUUUAUCUUCUUUUGUGCUUAAUUCACUAUAUUUCUUUUUGGAUUAACACGCAUGUUGUGAAGCAUGUAUUGGAAUAUCUUCAGUGCGCAUGUAGCGAGUUAAAGGACGAAAACGAAAUUGCUAUUAUAAAAAGAUAUGGACACAUUGCAAAAUGUGUUGCCAUUGGAAUAAUAUUGUUGGCGAUGUGCGGUUUAUUCAUCAUGACUCUUUUGCCAUUUCUGCCGCGGAUUUAUGGCACCUUUUUUCUCGUAAAUAAAUCCGAGCCAUAUCCCAAUACGUUUAUCAUCACUGAAUAUUUUAUCGAUGAAGAAAAAUAUUUUUAUUUUAUUUUGCUGCAUCAGGGCGCAGCCUAUUACAUAGCAGUAGGUACAAUGAUAGCAGCAGGAAUAGUAGUGACGGGAUACUGUACAUAUUCUUGUGGAUUCUGUGCGAUUGCUAGUUACCGUAUCGACCAGGCAAUACGAAUAACUAGUGACGAGGUAACUAAUCGGAAGAACAAGAGCAAGAUUAACAAGAAGAUAAGUCAUGCAGUGAACAUUCAUCACACAACUCUUGAGUUUAUUGAAUUCUUCCUACAUAACUUCGAGGGAACAUACACUCUUCUACUAGCGAUUGUUGUAAUUUGUUUAAGCCUUCACCUGUUUGGACUUUGUCAAGCCAUUCUUUUUGCAGAUAGGAUGCAAGAGUUUGUAUUACACUAUACUUUUACGCUUAGCAUUUUAAUAUGCACAUUAGGAGGCAAUUAUGUCGGUCAAGCAGUUACAGAUCAUUAUAAUUACAUAUUUUUAUCCGCAUAUAACGUUCGAUGGUACAUUGCACCUUUACGCGUACAAAGAUUAAUAGUGUUUCUUUUGCAAAAAGGCACUAAACCUUAUAGCAUGAAAGUCGGUGGUCUUUAUACAAUAUCUUUAGAAAACUUUGCCUCGCUAUCAACUGCAGCAAUAUCGUAUUUUACUGUACUAUAUUCUCUACAAAACUAAUAUUAAUAUAAAUCAGAGCAGUCAUACUACAGGAAAUGAUAAGAAUGUUGCUGUAAAUGUCUAUCAUUUUACAAUUAACCACGUAAUAGUUUGAGAUAUUAAGAAAAGAAGAUCAGCGAAUCAAUACGCGUGUUAGCGCGACUCAUGCAGCGAGGCCGUCAGUCAGUAGGAAGGCCGCGCACUCGUUGUUGGUUACGGCGCAGUGAAGCAGCGGUGCCAGAAAGUAUGCUUUUGUAGCAUGCGGUGAGGAUGGAGUGGAGCCUUCGUUUCAAGAUAUGUAUGUUAACAAGCAAGAUAUAAUGUUGUAAAAAGAAAUUAAUUGUAUAUGUUUGUUAGAUAUAGCCAGCAAUAUUGUUUCUAAGUUACUGUAUCAUUUUUAAUUGUUUGUUGAAUGUAAUAAAUAUUAUUUCGCACAAGGGAGAUUUGUACAUGGAAUCUAAAUGAUAAAUGGUAGUACUACGUGUGCCGAUAUUGUACUUCGUAGAUCAUAUAUUCUAUAAACGUUUGUAACUUGUUAGUUAUGCUUACAAAUUCUCAAUUCUUUGUGUUUUUGUAGAGUGUCUUCUAUUUCUUUUAUAUUCUAUACCCAGCAAACAUUUUGGUUGUGGAAUGUUGCCAAAUGAGAAACAAAUGUCAGCGGAACUAUAAUGCCAAAGCCAGAGCCUACUGUGUCCUCAGUUGGUCUCUAAUGUGAACCAAAUCUGACGAACAUAUUCCACAGUCAAAUUGACGACAACAUUAGAGCAGAUCUGACAAUAGAACGGUGAAAAUGUUGCAUAUUGACGGAAGUGUGCUAACAGAAUUGCAACAAAAAAAUGUUUGUUGGGUACUAGGAUUGCUAAAAUUGAAAGUUUAAUAUGGGACUUUGUCCAGAAUACGUAAGAAUAAUAUGAUCCGAUUACUUGAGAGUCGUGUAAGUUUAACCUGGAAGCACCCUCAAGUCAAUAAGUAAGAUGCAAGUAGAAAUUAUUAUGACAUUCUUAGUUUAAGAUAUUCAAAACUUAUUUCGUUCCGCUUUCGCAGAUCACUCAUGUAUGAGAUUUAUUACAAAUGCUACGCGCGUACAACUUCACAAGUUUAAAAGUUUAGAAUCGCAAUCACUGCUUCGGUUGCUCAUCUCUUAUUAUUAA